AUGUGCUGUGUAAAAUUGCCAAUUUUUCAUGAAAUUAGUUUAAUAUUUUAAUGUAAUGACACCCUAAACUUUAAUGUCAGAUACUGUAAAAUGCUGUUAAACUGUCGUUGCAUCAUAAUAUUUUUUUCAAAAAUAUUGUUUAAACUGGACAUUGGCGACUUUUAGAAAAGUGUAACCAUACCCGGAUAUAAAAUUUUGGAUACCCGGAAUACGAUCUAUUAGAAGUGCUAAACUUGCAUUUAGACUGUUAAUACAAGACAGUAUGGCUGAGACUCCAAGUGAAUUUCAGUUAAAGAACCCGCCAACAGAUGGUAUAACAGCUGUAAAAUUUGGCCCCAAUUCAAGUCAGUUUCUUCUCACCUCUUCUUGGGAUACAUCUGUCCGUCUCUAUGAUGUAAUAGCCAAUCAUCUACGUAUGAAAUACAACCACCCUGCACCAGUGCUUGACUGCUGUUUUCAUGAUGCUGUUCACUGUUACAGUGGAGGUGUAGAUAACACACUAAAAGUGUAUGAUUUUAAUACCAACACAGGCACAAAUGUUGGUACACAUGAUGCCCCGAUUCGUUGUGUAGAAUAUUGUCCAGAUGUCAAUGUGGUUAUAACAGGCAGUUGGGAUUCCUCUGUUAAACUCUGGGAUCCUAGAACACCAUGCAGUGCUGGAACAUUUUCUCAACCAGAUAAGGUUUAUACUAUGUCAGUGUGUGGAGAUCGUUUAGUGGUGGGGACAGCCGGACGAAGAGUGCUUGUCUGGGACCUGAGAAACAUGGGAUAUGUCCAGCAACGACGAGAGUCAAGUCUGAAAUACCAGACUCGAUGCAUACGAUGUUUUCCAAAUAAACAGGGAUAUGUUCUCAGCUCCAUAGAAGGUCGAGUAGCAGUGGAAUACCUAGAUCCAAGCCCAGAGAUACAGAAAAAGAAAUACGCCUUCAAAUGUCAUCGUGUGAAAGAGAAUGGGGUUGAAUUAAUCUACCCUGUGAAUGCCAUAGCCUUCCACAAUCAACAUAACACAUUUGCUACAGGAGGAUCAGACGGAUUUGUCAAUAUCUGGGAUGGAUUUAAUAAAAAGAGGCUUUGUCAGUUUCACAGAUACCCAACCAGUAUAGCUGCCUUGUCAUUCAGUGCCGAUAGCUCCGUGCUGGCGAUAGCAUCAUCAUACAUGUAUGAAAACGAUGAACAGAAAACGAUACCAGAGGAUAAUAUCUACAUUAGAAAUGUCAGCGACCAGGAAACGAAACCAAAAUAAAUAUGAUGCCACUGGAUAUAUCAAAACAAAAAAACUGUUAAUAUGUACAGCAUAUAGUACUUAUCAGAAACAGACUUCAAUGGAUGGACUCGUCCACUUGAAAAAUACAUUGAUAUGUUUGAUUUGGGAUAUUCCUGUUGUCCAACUGGCCUAUGAGAAUUUCACAAACUUGAAAAUCGCAAACCACCCAUCAAACAGAAAAGAUAAAUAUGAAACGACUGAAAUAAAACUAAAUAAUGUGAUUAAUGCACAAUGUUUAAUGGCUAUUUAUUGUCUAGAAAACUAGGCUAGCGUAUAAGGUUGGCCUGGUUGUGUGAAUAUAUAGAAGAUGUAGAAUAUUCAUAGAUGGUGUCAUCUAAAAAUUUGAUGCACAGCGAUCUUUACUUGUAAGUUAAAUUGAACCAUGAAGUGACAGAAAAAGAAAGUUAACUAUGGGGAAAAAAGACAUUUUUAGUUGUUCUACUAGAAUCAUUUCAGGCCAUGGAGACUUAUAAUGUGUAGUGUUAAUCAGCAUGUGAGACUGGUACAAAAUUUGUGCAGUUUGUUAAACAUAGUGCACCCCCUACAGAACAACAUCUUUAAAAGAUGAGCUGUUUCUCUGGAAAAGUAAAUUUACUGAUAAACUUGUGUAGUUGCAAACAAAAUGUCUGCCUUUGUAGAGGUAUGCCUAUGUACUAUAUAGAGGUACAUGGUUUGCAAAGGUGUUGUUUAUAGAGUUUAUACUGCAAGGUGUUUGAUGUUUUGCACAGAUACCUACAGUAAAUCUUCUCAUGUUUUAAGAACUUUGGAAUUUGGUAUUGAUCUGUUCAUGGUCGAUACACUUUAUCACUUGUAGGAUACGAGACUAUACCUUAAGUGGUAGAAGGAUUUACAGUCACAUUUUUUAUUGUAUAAAUAUGACUGAUGGUUCAUCACUUAGUAUAUGGAUACAGCUGUGGUAGGGGAAUUUACAGUCUUAGUUUUUGUUGUAUAAAUAUGACUUUAAAUUUUCUUUACAUAGUCUAUGGAAAAUUAAAAGAACACAUAUAGACAGGUUAACAGAAAGCACCUCCAGAUUUACUGUCUAGCUGGAAAUUAAGUCGUAGAAAUAGCAUAGUACAUAGUAAUGGUACAGAGAAAAUCUGUCAGAUCAUUUAGAAGCAUAGAACACAACCAAGCAAAAACAAUACCAGACUCGGUUUGAUUGAGUCUGUUAUUGAGAGGUUAUGAAAUGUGCAACACCCCUUACGCCUCCUAGCACCAGCUUAAAUGGAACUCUUGUUAUCCAUUAACAUUGAGUGGACUCCAUGAUCACAUAGGAUCAGAAAAUAUAACAAAAUUUUCAGAAUUCUCUAACAAGUUAACAAUCUUAAGUUAAAAAUAACUGAAUCUUUUUUUUAUUAUCCAGUGUCCUGUGUAAUGUUUCACUUUUCAAAUUUAGAAUUGACAUCAACUAGCUUCAUGGACAAACACAUCUAUACUCAAUUGUACACUUAUUCACAUUUAAUAUAUUACAUGAUGUAUAUAAUUUCAGAAUUCUGCAAUUGUUGAAUAUGUAUUAGAUUCUACAUUGUAUGUAUUCUCAUCAAAAACUGGAUUUAGAUAAUUUACUUUCAUAGAUCUGCUGUUCUAACCAGAUGGACUAUCAAUUUCUCUUUUAAAUGAUGAUGUUUUGCUGCAGUUGACAUUUAUAAUGAUGUCUCUCUGAUUUUUCUAACCAAAUUAUCUUUGAACUAUGUAAGUAUAUUGUAUUCAUUACAAUUUUAUCUUCUUUUUUUCAAGUAUUUUCAGGGCAAACCAUCUUUAAUACAAAAUUUUUAAUGAAAAUUUCCCUACAUCCACCGUGGUAUGAAAUCCUGUUAAUUUUGCAGGCAAAAUCAUUGUAGCUGUAGCAAAAACAGCAAUUUUAUAAUAAUAUAAUGACAGAAAUUCAUGAUUUCAAAUUUUAAAGACAAACAAGAAUAUUGUAAUUGAAACAAUGCCAAAAUCCACAAAAAAUAGCCCCCCUUCAAAUAGUUUUCACAGUAUUUUUGAAUGCUGGGAAAGUUGUAAAUCGGUAUUCAGUAAAUACUAAUGUUCUUCAUAAAGUUAUAGAAGUAACUUGCAGAUCACCAAAGCCUGUUUUAAUAUUUUAUAACAUUGAUGAUAAAUAAAUGUGUUUAAAAGUGAAAAGUC